GGCGUCUCGUCGCCACCGCUCCUCUGCACAUUUCGAUGUGAUGGAGACGGGGUACGACUUCAUUCUCGGCACUCCGUGGUCUCGUCGGUUCCGCAGCACCGAGGCGGAUUGGGCGACUAAUACUCUCGUUCUCAAAACGAAGUGUGGACAGACGUAUCGCGUACCUUUCAUAGGUACCACGGCGAUACCACGCCCCGAUCCUCCUCCCCCGGAGCCUUCAGUGCCCAYACCAYCCCCCUCUAUCACUGUCACCUCGCCUCGGCAGUUCGGUCACUUCAUUCGACAGGACGACGUCACCUUCUUUAUGGUGGACGUGACGGAUCUCUUACACUAUGAUCCACCCUGUCCCGACGCCGAGCUCAUCCCUAUGGAGCUAGAUCCUCCCUCUAUCUCCAUGGCUCCCAUCUCUACUUCCGUCCCUCCGCCGUCCGUCGAGUCCACCUCGCCGUCGGACGCUGACGCUGACGCUGAGGAACUCGCACGAUAUACGGCUGAACUGGAGCCCGCAGUUCGUGACCUCAUCCGAGAGUACCACGACGUUUUCCCAUCGUCGUUCUCGUACGCCGGCAUCCCACCGAUGCGUGACGUCGAGCACUCCAUUCAGCUUGUGCCUGACUAUCGUGUUCACCACCUGGCACCCUACAGACUCUCGAUUCCCGAGGCCACCGAACUCAAGCGUCAGCUUGAGGAGCUCCUGAGACUGGGUUUCUUUAAACCCAGCAACUCCCCGUGGGGUGCACCCGUCCUCUUUGCUCGCAAAGCGGAUGGAACUCUCCGUCUCUGCAUCGACUAUCGUGGUCUCAACCGCUACAUGGUUAAGAACAACUACCCCAUGCCUCGUUCCGAUGAGCUGUUCGACCGCCUAGCAGGCAACCGUUUCUUUACGAAGAUUGAUCUUCGUAGCGGUUACCAUCAGAUCCCCGUCGCUGCAGCCGACCAGCCGAAGACAGUGUUCCGAUCGCGCUUCGGCCACUACGAGUUUACGGUGAUGCCAUUCGGCCUCACCAAUGCACCCGCCACCUUCCAGAGGGCGAUGAACAACAUCUUCAGGGACAUCCUGGAGCAGUACGUUCUCGUCUACCUCGACGAUAUCCUGGUCUACAGUCGUACCCUUGAGGAGCACCUCAGACACCUCCGCGACGUCCUUGACCGCUUGCACAGACAUGGCUUCYACGCCAAGYUKAGCAAGUGCCGCUUUGCCCAGCACAAAGUGGAUUUCUUAGGACACUACGUGUCUGACCAGGGUCUCCACAUGGACGACGCGAAGAUCACUGCUAUUGCGGAGUGGCCCGCCCCCACAUUCGCCAAGCAGCUUCGCAGCUUCCUAGGCCUAACCAGCUACUAUAGUAACUUCAUCCGGGGAUACGCUAGGUAUUCCUACGUCCUUACCUCCACCCUCCUCUGGAAGAACCCACCCUGGGCUUGGACACCGCUCCACGAGGACGCCUUACGCGCCCUCAAGAAGGCGGUGACAUGUGCACCGGUUCUUCACCUACCCGAUUUUGAUCGCCCUUUUAUCCUUACCACCGAUGCGUCAGACUCUGCUGUCGGAGCAGUGCUUUCUCAAGUCUUCCCCUCCUCUCCUGAUUCCUCUCAUCCUUGUAUCCCUCGCUUCCCACCACCUACCCCUACCACUGCUUCCCGACUGACGCCUACUCGUCCAGCUACUGACGAACCCUUUAUUGACUAUUCUCCUACCAUCGCCGAGGACGGCACUGUCGAGUCUCGCUCAGGUGAUUGUCCGAUAGCCUUCUACUCCGGUCAGCUCCUGCCCGCCGAGAUCAACUACACUGCUGAUGAAUGUGAGGUUCUCGCAAUAGUUUAUGCCGCUCGGCACUGGCAGCACUACCUGCACGGGGCACCAUUCACGGUGAGCACGGACAACUCUGUUGUCCAGGCUUUUCUGACUAAACCGAAGCUCACUCCUCGACAGGCUCGCUGGUGGCGCGACCUAUCCGAGUUUAGUUUCACCACUGAGCACAUCAAGGGUGAGACUAAUCGGGUCGCAGAUGCCCUAUCCCGGCGCCCUGACCACGACCAGGAGCAVAUCCAGCUCUCUUCCAUCUCGGUCACCACCGUCCACCACUCGGUGAUCGACGAGUUUCGCACUCAGUACCGCCACUGCCCCGACUAUCGCGACAUCCACGCAACCCUUCGGAGUGGCAAGACCGUCCCGAACUACUCUCUCGGGGACAACGGUCUCGUGUACUGGCACGGUUCACGGGGCACCAGAGAGCCCCGUAUUUGCGUUCCCUCCAUUGGACAGCUACGUGUCCGAGCAGUAGCAGAGUUCCAUGACCAGGCAGCCGCCGGGCAUAUGGGCUUCCAUAAGACGUUGGCUCGUGUGAGCCGCCUGUACGUCUGGCCGAAGCGCAAGGACUUUGUGAAGGACUACGUCCCAGAGUGUCCCACCUGUCAGGAGGUGAACAGUGUGAACCACCUACCUUAUGGUUUGCUCCAGCCUCUUCCUAUCCCUGAGGGUCGUUGGCAGUCCAUCUCAAUGGACUUUAUCGGUCCUCUUCGACCUCGGACCCCCCGCGGUCAUGAUGCUAUCCUGGUCGUCGUCGACCGCUUCAUGAAGCGUGCACACUUUGUUCCGUGCCGCUAUGCCAUCAGUGCACGUGAGGUCGCCGACAUCGUAUUUGACCGAGUCGUGCGUGACCACGGCUUACCUCUGAGCAUCAUAUCUGACCGUGACCCGCGCUUUACCAACCGAUUCUGGCGACGGCUUCACGAGGUGUACGACACUCAGCUCCGCUUCUCCUCGUCUUACCAUCCUCAGACUGAUGCUUCAUGGACUUCAUCACGAUCAACUCUGCCUACUUCAGACGUCGCCACUCUCUUACCACUCUACCCUGUACAGUACCCUGCUUGUGUCGCAUGAUGGUCUCCCUUUAGCCGGGUUCCUCUGAGUUGGGUUCUCUCUUGGUAUACGCAUAGGCAUUGGGACCGUAGCGUUGCCCUGGCU